AUUGGCGCGUUGCAUGAACUUCUUUUUGGAGACUAUUCAGUUUAUUAAUUCCUUUGGUUGGAGCUUAUUUCUAUUUUGGUGCAGUCGAAAGACUGAGUAACCUAUUCAGAGGUCUAUAAAAUAUGAGUUCACGUUGGAACGAGACUGGCUGGUGGGCUGACCAAGAAGAAUCUGAGCUUUCGUAUGCGCGUGACAAACUAGAUUCACUGCUGCAGGUCUUGAAGGAUGAUCCAUCCAAAACGAAAACUAGUACUAAAUAUAAAGAUGAGAUGACAGGUCGGAGGGAUUCUUCAGAGAAAGAAAAAUUUAGAAGCUCAUUCUUUAAAGUAUCUCCAAGUGAUAUUAAAAGGAAAAAACGACGAGCACCUUCUGAAGAAGAAGAAACAUACAAAGAAUCAUUCGUGAUCAAGGUUUUCGAAAGGAGUGUAGAUUUUGGGCAGUUUGGUGAGAAUGCGCCUUUGUAUCCAAUGGCUAGAGCUUGGAUUCGUAAUUUAAACCAGGGAGAUUCUUCAUCAUGGAACGAUGUACCAUGCGUGGAGGAUGACCAAGAGAACAAUGAUCAACUUCCUGACUGUCACUAUGCAUUACCCAAACCGAGUGAUGGAUUGACUGAUAAUGAUAUUCGUAUACCGCCUCCUCUUCCAUCUGAUGGGCAACCUUUUAUUGUUAAUAUUGAGAAUCCGCCUAAGGAAAUGUCUCCUGAAGGAUUACUGGAACAGCAUAUUGUUCGUUGGAGGGAGAUUCGUAGAAAGUGGAAAGCUGCCUGCCGGGACAAUGAGGAACGGUAUUUGGAUUCCUACCUCAUACUCAAAGAGACAUACGAUAAAUUUUGUAAAGAUAUCCCAUAGGCUUUAUAACACAUUAAAAGGCUGUGUUAAAUUCUAUAGAGGCAAGCAUAUAUUAUAAAAACAUUUCUCUGUUAA